AUGGCCUCGCGACCGGUGUAUUGCCUCUGUCGGCUUCCUUACGAUGUCACCCGCUUCAUGAUCCAGUGUGACACGUGCCAGGACUGGUUUCAUGGCAGUUGUGUUGGUGUUGAAGAGGAGAAGGCUGAUGACAUUGACCUCUACCACUGCCCCAAUUGUGAGGUCUUCCAUGGGCCCCCCAUCAUGAAAAAACGCUGUGUAUCUUCAAAAGGCCAUGAUACACACAAGGGGAAGCCAGUGAAGACGGGAAGCCCUACGUUCAUUGGAGAGCUUCGGAGUAGGACCUUUGACAGCUCAGAUGAAGUGAUUCUGAAGCCCACUGGAAGUCAGCUGAGCGUGGAAUUCCUGGAAGAGAAUAGCUUCAGUGUGCCCAUCCUGGUCUUGAAGAAGGAUGGAUUGGGGAUGACGCUGCCCUCACCAUCAUUCACCGUGAGGGAUGUGGAACACUACGUUGGUUCUGACAGAGAGAUUGAUGUGAUUGAUGUGACCCGCCAGGCCGACUGCAAGAUGAAGCUUGGUGAUUUUGUGAAGUAUUAUUAUAGCGGGAAGAGGGAGAAAGUCCUCAAUGUCAUUAGUUUGGAAUUCUCUGAUACCAGGCUUUCUAACCUUGUGGAGACACCCAAGAUUGUUCAGAAGCUCUCAUGGGUGGAGAACUUGUGGCCAGAGGAGUGUAUCCUUGAGAGGCCCAAUGUGCAGAAGUACUGCCUCAUGAGCGUGCGGGAUAGCUAUACCGACUUUCACAUUGACUUUGGUGGCAGCUCGGUCUGGUACCAUGUGCUCAAGGGUGAGAAGAUCUUCUACCUGAUCCGCCCAACAAAUGCCAACCUGACUCUCUUUGAGUGCUGGAGCAGCUCCUCUAACCAGAAUGAGAUGUUCUUUGGGGACCAGGUGGACAAGUGCUACAAGUGUUCUGUGAAGCAAGGACAGACACUUUUCAUUCCUGCAGGAUGGAUCCAUGCUGUGCUGACCCCCGUGGACUGCCUUGUCUUUGGAGGGAACUUCUUACACAGCCUUAACAUUGAAAUGCAGCUCAAAGUCUAUGAGAUUGAGAAGCGGUUGAGCACAGAAGACCUCUUCAAGUUCCCCAACUUUGAGACCAUCUGUUGGUAUGUGGGAAAGCAUAUCCUGGACGUCUUUCGAGGUUUGCGAGAAAACAGGAGACACCCUGCCUCCUACCUGGUCCAUGGUGCUAAAGCCCUGAACUUGGCCUUUAGAGCCUGGACAAGGAAAGAAGCUCUGCCAGACCACGAGGAUGAGAUCCCGGAGACAGUGAGGACCGUACAGCUCAUUAAAGAUCUGGCUAGGGAGAUUGGCCUGGUGGAAGAUACCUUCCGACAGAACUUCAACAUCACUGGCACCUGCUUGAAUGACUCAGAUGAUGACUCGCCAGACUUGGACCUUGAUGGGAAUGAGGUCCGGCUGGCCCUGUUGACGUCUAAUGGCAGUGCCAAGAGGGUAAAGAGCUUAUCCAAGUCUCGGCGAGCCAAGAUCGCAAAGAAGGUAGACAAGGCUAGGCUGGUGGCAGAACAGGUGAUGGAGGAUGAAUUUGACUUGGAUUCAGAUGAUGAACUGCAGAUUGAUGAGAGACUGGGAAAGGAGAAGGCGACUCUGAUAAUAAGACCAAAAUUUCCCCGAAAGUUGCCCCGUGCGAAGCCUUGCUCUGACCCCAACCGAGUUCGUGAACCAGGAGAAGUUGAGUUUGACAUUGAGGAGGACUAUACAGCAGAUGAGGACAUGGUAGAAGGGGUCGAAGGCAAGCUUGGAAAUGGGAGGGGAGCUGGUGGAACUCUUGAUCUGCUCAAGGCCAGCAGGCAGGUGGGGGGACCUGACUAUGCUGCCCUCACCGAGGCCCCUGCCUCUCCCAGCACUCAGGAGGCCAUCCAGGGCAUGCUGUGCAUGGCCAACCCGCAGUCCUCAUCAUCCUCGCCAGCUACCUCCAGCCUGCAGGCCUGUUGGCCCGGGGGGCAGGAGCGAAGCAGUGGGAAUUCCAGCAGUGGGCUGGGCACAGCGUCUAGCAGUCCUGCUUCCCAGCGCAUCCCAGGGAAGUGGCCCAUCAAGCGGCCAUCAUACUGGAGAACCGAGAGCGAGGAGGAGGAGGAGAACGCCAGUCUCGAUGAACAGGACAGCUUGGGAGCAUGCUUCAAGGAUGCAGAGUAUAUUUACCCUUCCCUGGAGUCUGACGAUGAUGACCCUGCUUUGAAAUCUCGACCCAAGAAAAAGAAGAAUUCAGAUGAUGCUCCAUGGAGUCCUAAAGCCCGUGUGACCCCAACUCUACCGAAGCAGGACUGUCCUGUGCGUGAGGGGACCCGGGUAGCUUCCAUUGAGACAGGCUUGGCUGCAGCAGCUGCAAAGUUGGCCCCGCAGGAGCUACAGAAGGCCCCAAAGAAGAAAUAUAUCAAGAAGAAGCCUUUGUUGAAGGAGGUAGAACAGCCUCGCCCUCAAGAGCCUAAUCUCAGCGUGGCAGUACCAGCCCCAACUCUGGCCACUACACCACAACUUCUCACCUCCUCCUCGCCCCUGCCUCCCCCUGAGCCUAAACAAGAGGCCCUCUCAGGAAGUCUUGCUGACCAUGAGUGUACUGCUCGUCCCAAUGCCUUUGGCAUGGCCCAGGCAAACCGCAGCACCACACCCAUGGCCCCUGGUGUCUUCUUGACCCAGCGGCGCCCUUCAGUUGGCUCCCAGAGCAAUCAAGCAGGACCAGGAAAGCGUCCCAAAAAGGGCCUGGCUACGGCAAAGCAGAGACUCGGCCGUAUCCUGAAAAUCUACAGAAAUGGCAAAGUGCUUCUGUGAUCCCCUUUGUGUCCUGCCCCUCACCCCUUCACCCCCAUUGCCUUCUCCGUUGUCAAUUCUCAGGGCACUCCUGGAU